AUGACUCUUGACGAACCCACCGAACAUGCGCCUUUCCCCCCCACUCCUUCCCACCAGCCGCCUUUCGUGAAGCCAGCCACCAAUACGUGGAUGAUGGACGAGAGGACACGCAACAGACUUUUGAAGAAAUAUGACACCCAGGUGGCAUCUGCAGUUUCAACGGUUUGUGCAACUCUUUCAGUGACGCCUUUGGACAAUGUGAAGACUCGAAUGCAAUCACAUAAUUUCUCGAACGCAUUCCAAUGUAUUCGGUAUAUCCGGCGUAAUGAAGGAUAUCGCGGAUUUAUCGCUGGAGCUCUGCCUCCGUUGGCAACCGUCACUACUGUCCGUGUCCUGAAUUUCUCGACAUACAACGUAGCCAAGUCCGCCAUCUCCGACUUCAUAACGAACAUCACGGGCAAGUCGCCUCUGGAGAACCAAAAUAAGCCAGGAAGCAGCCCAACUCUAGCGAGUCUGGCCACCUUCACUGCCGCUGGAAUGAUUGCGGGCAUUGUGUCUACUCCUAUUGCCUGUCCAUUUGAACUUGCAAAAAAUGUUGUGCAGACCUCUGUGUUGAUGGCAAACCGCGCUAUGGCAUCUCCUGGCGCUGCUGCAGACCCGUCGCUACGCAAUAAACCGCGCCUUAAUACCAUUGACGCUUUCAAACAGAUCGUUGCCCGUCAUGGAUUCCGUGGACUGUACACGGCGUUCCAUCUCCAUGCUAUGCGCGACAUGAUCGGUACUGGCAUUUACUUCUCGGUGUACGAGACGGUCAAGCAACUCGCUGCCAAGGAACUUGGACAGGGUCACCUUCCGUUAGGCGGCCCCAUGAUCGCCGGGGCAAUCUGUAGCACCGUUCCCUGGUUCUGUACCUAUCCUCUUGAUACGAGGAAGACCCGCGCUCAAAGCGUCCUUCUGGGCAAAACCAACGAAGUUGGUGAAGCGUCGGCGGCCGUUGCCAAAGCGAGCAUGUACAAAGGCCUGCCCACCCUCCUUAUUCGCACUGGUGUCAACAACAUGAUCCUUUUGAGCCUUUACGAAUACAUAAAAAUUAGGAUCAGUCAGCUAGAGACUUAG